AUGCAGUUCAAGUACCUCACUGUGGUUUUCGCCGCCUGGGCGUCCUUGUUAGGGGCCGCUUCCGCCCUACCUCAGCCGAGUAAGUACCCCUCCAGCAACCUCUCCACUGCGAUGAAAAAGUCGCAAGAUGUCGAACCUGCGGCGGAUGCAUUUGACAUCCAAGACCAAAAGCGCGUCAAGCAUACACGCAUCGGGGUCUGGGAUCUCUACGAGGCGCGGAAGGACCCGCAGAAACUUGGUAUUCCCGGAGCCGCUCUAGUUUAUCAGUACAAACAGAUCGUCCGAGCAUUGCCAUACCUUUGGACCGUGCUCAAUGAUGCUGUCAGAAUCAAGAACGGCAUCUUGCUUUUAUCUCUCUACGCAGUAGUACAGAUUUUGAAGGCACUCGUCCCUGCAGCUGCUUUAUGGUACUCUGGACAGCUACUCUCUGUCGUACAAUCUGCUGCAGAGACCCGCACGGUCGAUAGGUCGUUCCUUCUACGCGUGUUUGCGGGCCGUACGCUAUGCGCAGUGGCAGAGCGCCUCCUCCGGUAUGCUGAGAAUGAGCUGUGCAGGCCCUUCACUACGCGCAUGUACCACCAUUUUGAGGUGCACCUCGCACGCGCGCGAGCACGGCUUGACGUCCCUACGUAUGGCGAUGUCGUCGUCAAGCGCCAGUUCCAGGAGGUGGACCCUGCGUUUUGCGGAAACCUCCCGUGGAGGUCUUUGGACAUGAUCGCGUCUGCGGUAACACUUGUGGUCCAGAUGUUUACGCAGACGGCGGUGCUCUUUAGAAUUUUGAAAGAGCAGCCGGAUGGCCUGGUGCUCGCCGCCAUUACCAUAGCGCAUUCGGCCUUCCACUGGUUUGAUGAUCAGUCUGAGCCCCUAUAUACUGCUGGAGGCAAGCCCCUGCAUCGUGACUUUGAGGUUGCAACUAAGAUCUCGUACACUCCAGCUGUAUGGGCCGCGACGACUAAAAACGCCGACUUCAUCAAGCUGGAAGGCUUGAGAACGCUCAUUACUCAAACAUGCUUCCGAAAGGAGCUCGUGGCUGGGAAUCUGGGAACAUACUGUGCAUCAGAAUUCAAGAGGAUGGUGGAGCGUCUGGGAAGUACACCCCGCGGCGAAAUGUAUACACUCUCUGCGAUGACUGACCGCCGCAGUAUAAUCAGCUUCAAAUCUUUGCUCGAGAAAUGCUGGGGUGAGCUACCUCAGGUUGUCUUUGCGCUACGGGCAGUGCAAUAUCCUGCUUCGAUACCGGUGUCGCUCGCUUCAUUGCAACUAAUCAGGCAGACGGCGACUUCAUUCGGUUCGGAUGUGGCCUAUUUUAUCGAGACCUUCGGAUCAAUGGCAGAGCAGCUAAGCAGAGCUCGGCAGCUCUAUGAAGUUGCCGAGAUACCUAACGUUGUCCCGGACGGCCAUGAGCCAUUCCCGGAGAAUGUGCAGAAGGCGCGAGCUGGGCUCGCUGUCGAACUCAAGUGA